AUGUAAAACCAUAGAGAUGUAUAGUAUAUAUCUCUAUGUGUAAAACGAGAAAAAUUAAGAAACUACCAGUCAUCCCCCCCCCCCCCCCCGUUAUUUUCAGAGCCACGCCCACCACCACCAGGCACCUUGCAUGAUUGACAGCUAAACUGACUCGUACGUGUCGUGUAGUAAAACUUAGAAAACACAAAUUUAAAGAUGGAAGGUGAAAGGACCGGACUCUUUCCGUGGCUCGUGAUGCUUCUUCUCCCGGAAGAUUGUUACAUCACAUUCUUUGAAAACUUCGACUUCCUAGAUGUUCCCUGCCUAAAAAUCGCCUUGAGCAAAGUAUUAGGAUUAGGCAUCAUUGCUGGAUCUCUUAUGGUGAAACUACCACAGAUUGGUAAGAUUUUGGCUUCUAAAAGUGGAGAAGGCUUGAAUGUAAUUUCUGUUAUACUAGAGCUUGGAGCGAUAUCGUCAUCAUGGGCAUAUUCCUUUGCAAAUGGUUAUCCUUUUUCAGCAUGGGGUGAAGCCCUGUUUCUAGCUGUACAGACCGUCACUAUAGGAUUUUUGUGCAUGUUUUAUAAUGGAAACCAGGCCGGAGCUAUGUCCUUCUUGCUCUCAUAUCUUGGUAUCAUGUACGUCCUUCUGUCGGGACUGGCUCCCAUGAGCACCAUCGCCAUGCUACAAGCCACCAACAUGCCUGUCGUCAUUGUUAGUAAGUUAAUACAGGCUUAUACAAACUUCAGCAACGGCCACACCGGUCAGCUCUCGGCAGUGACCGUCUUCAUGCUGACCGCCGGUAGCCUGGCCCGAAUCUUCACCAGCAUACAGGAGACCAACGACCCCAUGCUGGUCUGGACCUACAUCGUCGCGUCGUCCUGCAAUGCCAUGAUAGCCUCCCAGCUGGUCUGGUAUUGGGGCGCUACCAAGGAAUACCUCAGCAGACAACAGUCGAAGAAAGCAGAGUAGUUACUUAGAUAGCUCAACAGGCAGAAAAAAAAUCCACAGGGGCAAAGGGAAAUACUCAUUGAAAUGUGCAAAAUAGUUGUUAUUUGGUGCCGUGAUCAUCGCUACUUUCCAAUAGAAAGGAUAGCAGGUUUGUUGAUUGCCUUUGAGCUGAGUUGGUUUUGGGAUGCCAACCAAGGAAUACCUCAGUAGAGAAUAAUUGAAAAAAGCAGAAUGAUACAAAUGAAUACACCCCAAAAAUGUCCAAAAUAUGUAAUUUUGGUGUCAAAAUCCCGAAAUGGCAAAAGGGUGAGUUACAUCCUUCUGCUUGUUGGGGGGUAAGAGGGGGAGGGGGGGGGGGGCAAAUGAAUACACCCAAAACUGUCAAAAAUAUGUAAUUUUGGUGUCAACAUCCCAAAAUGGCCAACAGGUGAGUUACAUCCUUCUGCUUGAUAAACAUGUGAAUUCACAUGAUAAUAUCAAAGCACACUUGAAACGUUUCUAUUUGCAAAUUAUGCAAAUGAGAGGUAUGUUCUUGCCAAUCUUUGGAAAUUACUUUUAAAGAGCAAAUCUUAAGAAAGGGUGUUUUUGUGAAAUUUUUAGCACAAAGGAAUUUAGAAAGGAGCUUUAACUUUGACAAGGUUCCAUAAACUCUGAUCGUUUUUUUUUUCAUGUUUGAAUACAGUCAUCAUUGUGAUUAAUCACUAAAAUUUAUGUUACAAAGCCAUGUUCUAGCUAUUGGUUCAAUACCAAUUUAAUAUUUUUCUUCACGGUUAUGACACAUUUAUAUGGGAAAUACUGCCAUUUUCUUGGGGGUAAAAUCAUCACCUUUUUUCAAUACAAUGGACAAUAGGUAUGCUGUAGCAGUAUUGUCUAACCAAAACUCAAUGGAUAGGUCUCUGGACUUUGAACCACAAGGUUCAUGGUUCAAAUCCCACUGCAGAACUCCUGUCCUUCAAUAAGGCAUUUAAUCGACAUUUGCCACUCUCCACCCAGGUGUAGUAAAUGGGUACAUGGUAGGAGGAGAUUCCUUGAAUGCUUGGGCUUAUCAGGGUAGCCUUGCUUAAGCAGGGAUAAUAGUAUGCAGCACUUAGAAAUUUUGUAUUUGUUGCACAUAGUUAUUGAAUUUAACAUGCAUAGUUAUAAUUUCACAUUCCAUGAUACAGGCUAUGUGUCAGAGAUUAGACAAGAGAGAGAUGUUAAACUAGAGGUUUUUCCCAACAAGUGGUAUCUCUUCUGGCAGGGAGGAGGGGGGGGGGGUCACAAUAAAUAUUUGUUGCUUCAAAGUUGAAGCAUUGUCAAUCACAUAAGUAACCCUGUCAAAAACUAAAGAUUGGCCACUUCCAUUUUUUUACCUAAAAACUUUCUCCAGGGUAAUCGUGCGACAGGAAGGCUACUUAAGAGAAUGGUGCUUGACCAAUAGGAUUAUUUCCCAAUAUGCUUAAUAUUUAUAGAGUGGGUAAUUUCAAAUUUUGUGUUAGUGUUGUGUUAGUGCUGUGCUAGUAUUGAGUAUGUGAAUUAGGUUGCCCUAUCUUGGUCAACACCAAAGUGGGUUUACAGAAAUGAUAUUGAAGACAUUGUUAUUGGCUCAACACCUAAUGAUGUCGGUCCUAGCACCAGCUACAUUUUGGUUUUGGGGCUCUGGAUGGUGCAGAAAUAAGCCCAACACAAACGCCAUUGGUUAACACCAAACUUGAAAUCACCCAUAGUAGAUCAGACUUUAAUGCAGUAAAUAGCAAUGUGUAUGUUCUGCUAUUCUUUUUUAAGAUGCCAUGGAGAAUUUGGUAGUAUUUUUUAUACUGAAGAUUGCAUAUUCUCAAUAAAAUGAUUAUAAGUAUUUGUUUUUUUUAGAAACUAUAAUAUAUGAAAUCACUUUCAACUUGAGUUGCCAAAGAAUGAAUCCAUUAAUGAUUUGUGGCAGAUUUAUAGUGAACUAAAUUUGAAUAUACUUAUCACCCCACUGUCUUGCUCGGCGAUUGCCAAACCUUUAUUUAAAAGAUUUACGACGUGCAUCCCGUAAAUCAUGGGAAAUGAUAACAAAUUGUUUUUAAUUUGAAAAAAAUUAAAACCUUUUUACAGCAAGCCUUUAUGUUAACUAUUUGACCUUUUUUCAAACCCUAAUUUAAAUAAAAGUUUUAAAAAUUGGAGUUGGAUUGCAUUUAGUGGAUAUGCAACAUUUUAAAAAAGGUGACUGUUACCAAAAAGUUUUAUAAACUUUAUAUAGACUUUUGCAUAUUGCAUUCCAAAUUUUGAUCAACAGAUCUAUGAUGGUUGCAUUAGUAUGCAUUAAGAUGAUGAGAUUGCAUUUAGGAAUAUUUUUGUCUUACAUAAUCGUUCCUUUCUUAUACUAUAUUGCAUAUUGUUUAAUGAAUUAUUAAUGUACCAUUAAUAUUGCUGUGUAUUUUUUUUUUUCAAUCGUCAAAGCUCCUCUUUAAUGUUGAAUUGAGCUUUCUGUCUUGUGCAAAUUUGUCAUCUCUUCGUUUUGAUAUUUCUUGGGGUUGUUUGAUUUGUUGUAAAAAUGCUUUUAUUUUCUGUUCUUGUUAUAAACACUGUUGAUUAUAUUAAUUUUGGGUCCGUAUCAUGCUUGUGACAAAUGCUUUAUGAUUUGUUCUUUGGUGUAUUGAUUCAUUGUAAUGAUGCUGUGUUACUUUCUUUUACAUGUCAAAAGCUACAAAUCAUAUUUUCAUUGAUGAGUGGAAUUUUCUAUUUCUUUUACUUUAUGUAUCAAUUUGUUCUCACUUGAUCUUUGUAACAUGUUGACGUUUUUAAUUACAAUUUUAAAUCUGGUUAGUUUAGUGCAAACAAUUGAGCAGGGAUGUAGACUUAGAGGAGCAGUAUAUCAUGGGGGAGGGGGGGGGGUAAUGAUUCCCCCCCCCCCCAUGCUGCUAUGUAUCGUCUGCUACCACUCACCUGGGGCCCGUCUUACAAAGAGUUAUGAUUGAACCGAUCAACCUCAAGUAUGCGGAAAUCCAUCAAUGACAUAAUUUUUUUUCUUUUGGAAAUUUGCACAAUGUCCUUUGAAAACAAAGAGAAGAAUACUGAAUUGUUAAGAAAAUAGUUAAUAUACAUUAUAUAUAGAAAAUAUUUUGAACAAACGUGUAUUUUAGAUGUUGAUGUUGCUGGCUUUCCAUAGUUAUGGUUGAUUGGAUCAAUCGUAACUCUUUGUAAGGCGGGGGCCCUGGUAUUGAGCAAAUGUCAAAUGAGCUUCCUUGAUUAAAAUUUAAAGCAUUACUCUUAUUUUAUCUGCAACUUUGCAUCGUGCCUGAAGAGAGAAGACAGUUACAUUUUCUAAUGAUUCCAAAUUAUGGCAACAUGAAUUGUUUUCAUUUGAAUAAAAUAUCUUGGUGCCCGUUACUCAGUUUUAAAAGCAUACCAAUGAAAAACAUUGCACCCCCUGAAAUGAAUGCAAUACAAAAAAAUCUUUGUUGGUAUAAGCUGCACGAUUCUAUAUCAAUUCCAGACCCUAGUCAUGGACUAUAUAUAUUAGGCUUAGAGUCUUGGUUCAAUUUUUCAUUGGAAUAACAGGGUAAUCAUCACUUAAACUAUUGAACUCAACCAAUAUAACUAUUGUAUAGUUGUGAUUAAAUAAAAAUUCAUAAUCCUUUUUGCGAUUGUAAUGCCUCAAUCCCCCUCCCAUUAAGAGCUAGGAUUGAUCACAUUAAUCAUCCCUUAUGAAUUAAUCUCCAUUUGUAACUAUUAAAUAUACAUUUUUUAACUAUUCAAUAUACAAAGAUAGCGAUCUUAAUCAACUCAAAUGCUGUACUGGUGUUAUAUUGAUAGAGUAAUGUUUAACUCUUGAAAAUGGCACCUUGUAAAACUUCUUGCGAUUCUCUAUGACUCUCACAUGAUGUCCGGCUUGAAAUAAAAACAAUAAUUCUGUAAUUUAAAAUUCCAAGCACUUGUUGAUAUGAUAUAAAUGUAUCUAACAUUCAAUAGUUUUUCAUAUUUCAUCCUUAUACCUGGUGUGAUUGAGAAGGAGGAAGGUAAUAUAGAUCCUAUACGUUUGAUAAGCUUGAAAAAAAAUCAUCAUUUUACUUUAGAUUUGUGGAAUUAAAUUACUUCAUUAAUUUUGGUGUAUUUAUGAGGUGUCUUUGUGUGAAAAUAAAUGAUAUAUUGAUUGACUUUUAUCUAUUGCCUGUCGUGAAUAAAUUGUAUUCUGAAUGACCAUGAAAAAACUGAAUUUUAAUUUAA